CCACGUCGGUCUCUGUGCAGAGCGUCUGCACCGCUGCCCGAUGGUCUGGCCCCAAACUAACUUUUAGACCCGUUUUGUGCUUUCAGUCGUGAACACAGCGGUUCUUCGCCGUCAUAACUCAUCGCCACGUCGGUGCAGCGCUGGAUAUUGAACCUGGAAGGCGCAGAAAUGCUCGCUGUGGUCUGGACUCGUCUCAAAACUGACUGAUGCCUCCACGUCCAGUCCUACCUGCUGCAUGUUGUCGAUGUUGUUGGCCUGGCAGUGCAUGGUGGCUUUUUGAGAGGAAGGGUAACUGGCGACCAUGCCAGGAGGCCGCAGGGGUCCCAGCAGACAGCAGCUAAGUCGCUCCGCUCUGCCGUCCCUGCAGACUCUGGUUGGAGGCAGCGUCAGCAAUGGCACGGGCCUCAGGAGCAGGGGCAUUAACUCGGUGGGUCUGUCUGCACCGCCUCUCUCAGCCCUGAUCACACCGGAGCCGGUUCGUCACUCGAGGAUCCCCGAGCUGCCGUUGGACAGCAGCCUACUGUUCGAGUUCCUGCUUUUUCUUUACCUGCUGGUUGCCUUGUUUGUCCAGUACAUAAACAUCUACAGGACGGUGUGGUGGUACCCGUACAGCCACCCUGCUGCCUCUACCUCGCUUAACUUUCAUCUAAUGGACUACCACCUGGCGAUCUUCAUCACCGUCAUGUUGGCCAGAAGGCUUGUCUGGACAAUUGUAUCAGAGGUUUCUCAGAGCAGCGGGGGAUCGCUGCUCCGCUACGUGGUAUUAAUUGCAGCUCGGCUCAGCUUACUGACCCUUUGCGGCUGGGUGCUCUGCUGGACGCUGGUCAACUUGUGCAAAAAUCACUCUGUGCUUAAUCUCCUCUUCCUGGGAUACCCGUUCGGUGUGUACGUCCCGCUCUGCUGUUUCCAUCAGGAAGGAGGAAAAAGCCAGGCAGCAGCAGCUGAAUGCGAUUACCAAGCUGACCACCAGCAGGCCGACCUGACAGAAGCGCCGUUCUUUCGGCCGCGCGACUUCCUGUUCCUGUUACGAGAGAACCUCAGAGAGCAGUUUUCCAACCCCCCACACAUGCCCACUCACACCUGCCCACCGCACACACACUCAGACACACCAGAGCUCAUCCGAGCAGAGGUGGAAGAGCUGAAGAGCGACUUCAACCGGCGAAUCAAGGAGGUGCUGUUCAACUCUCUGUUCAGCGCUUACUAUGUAGCAUUCCUGCCUCUCUGCUUUGUUAAGAGUACACAGUACUAUGACAUGCGCUGGUCUUGUGAGCAUCUGAUUAUGGUGUGGAUCAAUGCGUUUGUGAUGUUGAUGAGCCAGCUGCUGCCCCCCAGCUAUUGUGACUUGCUCCAUCGCUCAGCUGCCCAUCUGGGCCGCUGGCAGAAACUGGAGCACGGCUCGUACAGCAACACACCUCAGCAUAUGUGGUCAGAAAGCACCAUUUGGCCUCAGGGGGUCCUGGUACGACACAGUCGAUGUCUCUAUAAAGCAGUCGGACCUUAUAAUGUGGCCCUGCCGUCUGAUGUUUCCCAUGCAAGAUUUUAUUUCCUGUUCCACAAGCCAUUGCGGAUCCUGAACCUGCUGAUCUGGAUUGAGUCCAGUGUGGUUUUAUACCAGUUAUACUCUCUGCUGCGCUCUGAGCGCUGGAACCACACGUUGUCUCUGGGCCUUAUUCUUUUCUGCAACUACUAUGUGCUUUUUAAACUUCUCCGAGACAGAAUUGUGCUGGGCAAAGCCUACUCCUAUCCUCCAACGUCCUCCAACGGUUUGGGGCUCAAGUCGCAGUAAAGAAUCUGCUCAGCAAGACCUCGCCUACAAACUCUGGACGUGGAGGGGACACGGACGUGGGGGGGGGAGGUUCAACGGGGUCAAGGGACAGACUGUGAACUCACAAUUGUUUUGAUACGGUUCUAUUUUUAAAGCAAUGUUUAUAUAUACCUAUUUAAAAGAAUAGUUUUAUUUUGUAUACUAUUUCAUGUUACACCGGGCAUUACCACACUGACGACAUUGGCAUGUUGUGUUAAGCUGUUGCUAGGCGACAGGGAAGUCAGAGGGAUGCCUGGGGGUGACUUUCACCAAAGAUAUUUUGAGUACACAUGGCCACUGAUAGAGCAGACUUGGCCUGCGAUUGUCAGUAAAACCAGAUGUGCAACUGAGUUGAGACGAACUAGUUUUGUCUGAGACCCUGAUUGUACUUUAUUCUGCUUCACCCUUGAAUUUGGAGUUUGGCAUUGUUUGGGUUUACAUGAGGGGGAUUUUAUAAUUCUAUAAAUGGUACAAGAAUUUAUGGCAACCCUUUGCUUCUACCCCUCGGGAGAAAAAAACGGGUCAUUUUGGAGGGAAAAAUAUUUUUAUGGGCAGACAGUUGGAGGAGAGAAUCAGUCCAAGUAAUUUCUGGAGCGUAGCUUGUUAAGUGAAUGAAAUGGUAAACUGGUCAAAUCUGCUCACUAUCACCUCUAAAGCUCUCUAAUAAACUCCUUUCCCCUCUAGUUGGAUCUGAACAGAACAGAAUAAUAAAAAACAAAGUCCUAAGUUGAGUUUCUCCACCAAAUCAAAAGGAACAAAAAUCAGUAAUUAGGUUAAACUGGGAUUUAUAUGCACGUCUGGGUCAUGGUAGUAUUUUUUCUGAAAACAGAGUUUAGUUACAUGUCACCAUAGAGCCAAGAGAUGGACAUCAACGCUUAAGCAACAAAAGAAAAGAAAAAGUGUGACAUUUCCCAGAGUAUUUAAUUGUUGAUUAAAACGGAACAGACUAAAACUUUAAAGCAAACUGACCUGAGAUUAGUCGGUAGGAAAGACACAGCGGUACCUUGUGUUCACCGUCUACAGGG